AUGUCUAUGUCCUUCCUGCCUAGCUUGGUUCCAAGCGAGCGAAGUCUUUACAAUGUUGUUCUGCUACUGUUUGGUGGGUUGAUCUUCUGGGUCUAUCGUGCCUGGAGGAAGCAGUCGCAUGUUCCAGGCCCAUUCUUGGCUUCUGUCUCAAAUAUUCCACGCUUACUUUGGGCGCGCUCGGGUGGCGCGCACAAGACUCACAUUAAUCUUCACGAAAAGUAUGGGCCACUCGUCAGGCUCGGCCCAAAUUCGGUUAGCGUGGGAGAUCCCCGAGAGAUCUCCAAGAUGUAUGGUAUUCGGUCGAGUUUCGGAAAAUCUGACUAUUACAAAGUCCUUCAGCCAAUGUCGAAGGGCAAGAUCAUCCAAGGUCUUUUCAACACGCAGGAUGAUCAGCUGCAUCGUUCCAUGAAGAAGCCCAUUGCGGGAAUUUACUCCAUGAGCAACCUUGUAAGCUUUGAGCCAUAUGUGGACUCAACCAUUGGCUUUUUCUUGGAGCGUCUCGAAGAUGCGCAAGGUAAAGGCAAUGGAAAAAUCGAUCUGGGUACCUGGCUGCAGUGGUUUGCGUUUGACGUGAUGGGCGAGAUCACAUUCAGCAAACGCCUCGGCUUUCUCGACGAAGCCAAAGACGUGGAUGGUAUCAUGGGCUCGAUUUGGAAAAUGUUUCAAUAUUCUUGCUGGGUGGGCCAAAUGCCAUGGCUAGAUAGAAUCUGGGUCAAAAAUACAUUUGUGAGUCGUCUGUUGCCCGAAAAGAAUUCGCCAGUCGUGAUGUUUGCUCUGGCACGAGCACAGGAAAGAAUUGCCGAAAAAUUGCAUGGAUCCGGCAGCCAGGACAUCUCAUCAGGAUACAAUUCGAAAGAUUUCAUGUCGCGAUUUUUGGACGCUCGAGCCAAAGACCCGAGCAUUCCCGAAUGGUUCGUAACUGCAUGGACGACAUCCAAUGUACUGGCCGGCAGCGAUACAACCGCAAUCAUGCUCCGUGCCAUCAUUUACUUCCUGAUCACGAACCCGGCCACUCUCCGAAAGCUUGAACACGAGCUGCGCCAAGCGCAGAGCCAAGGCCAAUUAUCCGAAAUAGUCACUUGGAAGGAGUCCCGUAACCUGAAGUACCUGGAUGCCUGCGUGAAAGAAGCCGGCCGACUCCAUCCAGCCAUCGGGCUGACAUUGGAGCGGGUGGUACCGCGUGGCGGCGCCACGAUUUGUGGACAAUUCUUCGAGCAAGGAACCAAUAUUGGCAUGAACCCUUGGGUAAUCCACCGAGACAAAGAGGUCUUCGGGGCCGAUGCCGCGGAAUGGAACCCAGAUCGCUGGUUGGACCCCGAUACGGAACGGGUGGCGCGGAUGGACAACAGUCUUUUGACGUUCGGAUCCGGGAGUCGUACGUGUAUUGGAAAGAAUAUCUCGUACCUUGAGAUUUACAAGCUCAUCCCGACGAUGUUUGCGCGAUACGAGAUUGAAUUGUGGGACCCGAAACGAGAAUGGGAGAUUGCGAACUCGUGGUUGGUGGUUCAGAGCGACUUUUUCAUCAGGUUGAAACGGAGGGAGGCUUGCCUGUGA